GUAGAAACACUUUAGGUAUCUGAGAUAUUAAGCCUCAGUGCUGGUCACAUUUGUGGAUGGCGAAGAAGCAAUUGAUGUGAUCUGUGGUGGCGAUCAUGCGUGAUCUGUAGUAAUCCGCUCUAAAACACGGCUUAUGUGUGUUACACUUUGUUCACCGCAAUUCCAUGACGUUUCCUGUUGUAUGGGUGUGUGUGGGGGGGACUGUCAAGAUGAGUGAUAUAAAGGGAGCUAUGGAAAAUAAGUAUUUUAACAUAUUUUUAUUGCUUAAGAAACAACGAUGUAAUUUCAAGUAGAUUUAAUUGUGCAGUGCACUCCCAAAUAUUACAUCCAAGAAUGUGCAUAAAACACUCCGGAACUCCAACUGCUGAUUUCAGUACUACAAUAUGUUGCCACAGAUUUGUAAUAAAUACAUUUGCUGUGUGUAGCAGAUAAUGGAAUUCCAGACAGAACCAUUUGAAAAAUAUUAUGAUGUGUUUGAAGAAAUUGGAAAGGGCCAGUUUGCAGUGGUGCGUCGAUGUGUAGAGAAAGUUUCUGGCUGUCAGUAUGCAGCCAAAUUCAUACGUAAGCGACGAGUAUGCAGAGGUGUGCGUGCUGAGGACAUUCAUCGGGAAGUGAGCUUGCUGCAACAAUUGAAACAUCCCAACAUUGUAACCUUACACCAGGUGUUUGACAGCAGGCAGGAGGUUGUUCUGAUUCUUGAGUUGGUGGAGGGUGGUGAGCUCUUCCAUUUUGUUUCUGAAAAAGAGUAUCUGAAUGAAGAAGAAGCUGUACAAUUUAUUAGACAGAUACUGUAUGCUUUGGAGCACAUGCAUAAUCUACACAUAGCUCAUCUUGAUCUUAAACCAGAAAAUAUUUUACUUUUGGGCAAUGAUUCACUCCAGAUUAAGUUAAUUGAUUUUGGCCUAUCUCAACACUUGUCUGCUGAAACUCGACUGCGGGCAAUGUUUGGAACACCAGAGUUUGUAGCUCCUGAAAUUGUUAAUUAUGAACCCCUCAGUCUGGGUACGGACAUGUGGGCACUGGGGGUCAUCACAUAUAUUCUGUUGAGUGGUGCUUCUCCAUUUUUGGGUGAAGACAAACAGGAAACAUAUUCCAAUAUAGUAGCUGGGAAUUACUGUUAUGAGAAGGAAUUAUUUAGUAAUACAUCUGAUCUUGCCAAGGACUUUAUGUCUCGCCUCCUUGUCAAGGAUCCUAAGAAACGUGCGAAAGCAUCAGACUGUUUACAGCAUCCAUGGAUACAGGCCUUCAGUCCAGUAGAAAAAGCUACAUUAAUGAAUGGUGCAAGUGUAGACAACUUAAAAUGUAUCGAAGUGUGGGAACGAUGGCAGCGUUUCCUAGUUUUGGUGCGGCUGUGCCUGCAUCUUCAGAGGCAUAGAACUAAUGCUGUGAAGAAUCAAGAUGUAAGUUAUCUCAGUGCUACUCUGUGUGUGACUGCUUUGUCAUGCAUCAGGUGUCAUUUACUCAGAGCUAGCAGGAUGUUACACUUCUCUGAACUUUCUUUUUCUAGUCCUCUUGUUAAUGCCUGGUGUAUCUGGCUGACUACUGCCCCUGCUUUUAGUACUUUCCUUUUGUAUCUUAUACUGCAAUUCAUGACUCACAAAAAUAAUUUGAUUUACAAAUAUAAGGAUAGAGUUAUUGGUUCAGGUAGGUACUACCCAGUCCAUGUGAUGUUAGAAGUGGUUAUGAGGAACAAGAAUGCUGGUGGUGGAAAACAUCAAUUACAAGAUGUAGUUGAGGAUGACAGUUUUGUUGUAUUGGCACUUCACUGUGCAGCUUCAGAAGGAAAUGCAGCUGGUUUGCAGGAACUCAUCACACUUUCUACAGUUGAUAUGAAUGCCACAAAUAAGAAUGGUGAAACAGCAGCACAUAUUGCAGCUGGGCAUGGACAGUUAUCAGUCUUGACAUUGCUUCAGAAGCAUGGAGCUAAUCUUCAGAAUGUUGAUGAACGGGGCAAUACCCCACUUAUGUGUGCUGCUAAAAAUGGGCAUUUGGUUACUGUACAGUUUCUUCUUCAAGCUGGAAUGGUAGUGGGAGUCCAAGACAAGAAUGGAGACACUGCACUGCAUCAUGCCAGCUCUCAGGGUCACUUGGAGUGUGUGCGGUGUCUUGUGGAGUAUGGGGCAUGUGUGGAUAUGACAAACCAUGAUGAAUCUACUCCUCUUCACAGUGCUUUAUGUAAGAGACACAUCCACUGUGCUAUGUUCCUGUUGCAUUCUGGUGCUGACAUAGAUCUACAAGACAAGGAUGGCAAUACACCUAUCCAUCUAGCAUCGCGUGAAGGACUUCUGACAGUUGCACAGACUCUUUGUGCGUUUGGUUGUAAUGUAGAUAUUGCUAAUAAACAAGGAUUUUAUUCACUACAUCUUGCUGCUAGGCAUGGCCAUACAGAAAUAGUCAGGUGCCUUUGUCUAGCUGGCUGCAACAUAGAACAAAAGAAUGGUGAUGGGAUCAAAGCAGAGAUUACAGCACUAAAACACGGUUACAAUGAUAUUGGCGACUUGCUUAACAGGCUGAGAAAUGGUUCACACCAUGAGGAAUUAAUAAAGCAGUUGAUACCUACUUCUCAAACUCUUACAAGGAUAAAUGUUAAGUUUUUUGGUCAUUCUGGUGUUGGAAAAUCAACUCUAAUUGAAUCGCUCAGAGCUGGUUACUUUUCCAGUUUUUUUCGCAAAAGUAAGCCAUCUGCAGGAAGCAAUACUGGAACAAAUGGGUCAACAUCCCCUGGUAGCAAAAUGCAAAUAGAAAUGGAUGUAACAUCAUCUCGUAGUUCCCUGAGUUUUGACACUUAUAAUUACCAGUACACACGUGUACAAGUUUCAGUCUCUGGUGUAGGAGACCUUACAUUAUGGGAGUUUUCUGGGCAGGACACCUAUUUCCUUGUAUAUGACCAUUUUCUGGGCAGCACAAACUGCUUACAUGUUGUGGUGUUCAAUCUAGAGGAUUCUGCUAGUGUGCAAUAUCAGCAGUGCUGCUUCUGGCUUUCUUUCUUGCAAGCACGGAUACCACCCACAGAACCACUUGGUGAUCGUGGGGUGGCAAGUAGAGUGGCACAGAUUUUGCUGGUGGCAACACACCCCGAUACUUCACGCAUACCUCGUACACCCCAAGGCAACUAUAUCUGUUCCCAGACCGAAAGGUUGUUGACACAACUCAUUGGCAAGUUUGGGACACGGUUUGAGCUUCAUCAGCAAGUACUUAUAGUGGAUGCUCAUGUGUCUAAUUCACCAGGCAUCAGGGCUAUAAAGUCUUAUUUAGCAGAUGCCAAACAGAAAAUUUUACAGGGUGGUGGAGUUGGGCGGGUAAAGCCUCAUGGUGCAGGUCACAAGGAAUAUAAUCUUCUAACCGAAGUUGCAGUCACGGACACUGGUGGCCAGAGUGUGCCAAAAUGGACAGGUUUUUUAGCAGGAGUUGUGAACUGGUUGCCAAUUAUACGACGGAAUUCAGCAACUUUUCCUGUGGUGCCUUGGUUCACAUUUGUUGAUUUGGUGCACUGUAAUGUGAAUCCAUUGGCUGGUGAGGAACACAUGAAAGAAUUGAUCCAACAGCUGCAGCUUAUGGGAGAGGUGGUGUACCUAAAAUCUCAGUACCAAGAUCUAGUGUGUAUGCAACCUCGCUGGCUAUGUAGCAGUGUGAUUGGUCAGUUGCUAUCCCUGGAUUUUGUGGCUCAAGCUAGAGUGACAGGUUGCUAUACUGUGGAUGACUUUCAAGUAUCUUUCUCAGAAUGUGAUGCCCUUGAUAUUUUGCAAGUACUGGAAGCCUUGCAGAUAUGUACUCAGGCAAGUUGUUGUGAGAAUGAAGAUGAGCUAGAAUUUGAGUUUCCAUGUUACAACUUUGUGGAAACGCUUGAUGGACUCUGGGAUGCCUCAGAUCCUCGUUACCGCGAUCCGGAUAGCUGCUAUGGUGGAGUGAAGCUGAAGUCGCCUCCAGAUACUUUUCAUCUUUUACAUAGUAUUUUUCCACGUAUACAGGUCCAACUUCGCCGAGCAAUGCAAAGCCUUGGUGAUCCAGAUAGUGAUCUUUACCAAUGGUUUGAGGGCUCAAAGUUAUGUUCAGGUCUUAUUGAAAGUCUUAUUACACUAGAAGACGAUGGAGAAGCCAUUGAAAUGAAAGUCCGAGGGCCACCCACUUCAGAAUUAGCUUGUUUCUAUUUCAUAGAAGAGCUCCUUGGCAUUGUGGAUCAGGUCUUGCUGGAAAUGAGUCCAGGUUUACUGAUUGAGAAGCAUGUGCUGAGUGCAGAGCAACUACGUCUUCACAGUGAUUUGGUUCAUUGUUGGUCACCUGACAAACUUAUGGCUUGCAUUUUGCAGCCAUCCUGCCUCAAUGCGAAGCUGCUCAACCCUCUUACAGGGAAUCAUGAAUCCCUUCUUGAUCUGGUUGGAUUUGGAGCAUCUGAGGUGAAUGAGGUCAUACUGAGUGGAGAUGAAUUACCUGUCACAGCCUUGUCGACUGUAUGUCGGCAACAGUUGUGCAAGCUCUUGGAUCCUCCUGAUCCGUUGGGGAAAGAUUGGUGUCUGCUAGCUGUGCAACUGGGCCUAGGAGACAAAAUUGCAUUGCUGGAUGCAGCUGGAAGCUCUAGUAGUCGAACUGCAAAACUUCUAGAUGAAUGGGCUAAAGAUAAAACUUCAGGAAUUGGUAUGCUCGUCAGGAAGUUGCAAGAUUUAGGUCGCGAUGAUGCUGCAAAAAUUCUGCUGAGAAGUGCACCUCUUUAUCGCAUUGUUCCAACCCCAGUACAUCAAGAUCCACCUAGUAAUGGUUCACAGAACUCAUGUUCUAAUCUUUCACGAUGAUCAUGUGACUUUUUAUAUGAAUAGUGUAGCUUAUUUACAAGCUAUAACAUCAGUAAACAUGAAAUGCAACGAAUAUGGUGAACUGUCGCUCAAUAUCCCUCCUACUUCAUGUACCUAAUUAUCCAGCUUUAUGCACUUAAUGAAGUAUGCUUUAUGAAGUUAUGGUUUUAUAUUGAUUCAGCUACAACUGACUCUUUAAAAGAACUUUUGAAAAGAGCUACUCUAAUGUCCAUUUGAGUAGGAAAACAAUGAGAAAAAUUGAUAAGAUAUAAUUAAUUCUUGUUUCCCGUCCUAUGGCUGUGUGUCGUGUAGAAAAGUUACUACUUUGUAACAGUUACUUAGACUGGCAUUUCUCAUGCACAAAAUAUCAGACUGUGUUGUCUUUAGAGCAGAGAUGAGCACACUUGACAUUUGAUGGGCCUUAUGAAGAAACCUUUAUAUAUUUGUGGACCAGACCAAAGAAGAUAUCUAUAUAAAAUUGUAUAAAGCCCUUGGAUGUGUUAUGUUAUAGAAACUUUUGGUACAUGUUCUUGAUAUACAGAAUGUUCCAUUUAAAAUGCAAUCCUAACUGCUACACUGCUUCACACACAAAAUUACAAAACCAAUUGAAAUAUUAAAUUCUUGAAGCUGUUGCACUGCUUAAAAUCAGUAUGGCUGUUAUUUCAGCUGUUUUGUUGCUCAUUAAGCAUUUGUCACAGACAAACACUUCCUGUGUCCUGAAAAUUAGGUAACAUUUGAUGUAUUGUCAUAUUUGGUACGUCAUUUUUAGGAUAUGCGUUGCGAAAUAUUUCAUGAAGUGCAGCAGAUGAUUUCAAGUGCAGUAGUAUUUGAGAACAAAUGCAGGUCCUGAAUACACCAUGUUUACAAUUGAACAGCUUUUGUGUUACUUGUGUGAGCAGUGGCCUCGUAACCAGGGUGAUCUUGACUUCUGGGAGAGGAUAGGAGGGAGUAUUACACAGGGGUGGACCUGCUUCUGAUUUCAUUUUUAUAUUACAUUAAUUAUUUUUGGGUUGCAUUUUAAACAGUACACUCUGUUUAACAUUCCUUUUCUGGCUGGUUAAAUUAAGGGUUGCAGUCAUUUUAUGUGCUGUAGUUUGACUAUCCUUCCAUUAACGAUACUUUAUCAUGUGUUAGCAGACUAGAUAAUGUCAUUUGGAAAGUUUAAAGUAUCUUGAGUCAUUGCUAGGAACAUAGUUACUUAAUAGAACAUUGAGUCAUUAGCAUCAAAUUUGUUCAAUCCAUACUUGGUGUAUAAUUGAAUCAGCUGUUGGUAGCAGCACAUAGAAGAACAGAUUUUACGUUGUCUAUUAAAUGCACAUUUUGGAGUGUUCAAAGUAAUUACAAAGGAAUAUGUUGUAAUUUUCUGGAGAAGGGGCAGAUAUGCUGAUAAAAUCCUUAUGUACAUGUAUGGUGGGUAUACCACAUUAUGUGUAAAGGGCAGCAGUCUCAUCUCUUGUGUGCAAAUGAUUAUAUUUUAUACUGCACAAUUCACACACACACCAUAAUGCUUUCCAUAAAGAAUUGCUCAUAUGUUGCUAUUGUGCCACUUCAUUUUCAUAUGAUAUAAUAAGAGAAGUGAGCCUUUAUUCGAAUUAGUAACAAAUUACUAUUCCAUUUAACAUAUGCUUGUUUUUCAGGCAUGCCAUAAUUUUGCCUUUUGUGCACAGUGUUUUUUAUUCUAUAAGACAUACAUGUUUCAUGAGUGUAAUAUUUAUUUUUUUCCCAAGCCUAAUUGAACACUUGCCAGUAAUCAUGGUCAAUUCAGUAUAGCUUUAAUUGUUAUGUAAUUUGUUGCUUGAGGUUAUAAUGUUGCUACUUAUAAAAUUAAUUAAGUCAGUUAAUGUUGUCCUAUGUGUUGUGUGCUAUGAAAUGUAUUCAAAGUGUUAAUUUAUUAAGUGAUUUUGUGUUGCAAUGUAAUAUUUGUUUUUCCAUAUUGUGUCUGUUAAUAAGGCCUUUUGUAUUGUACUUAAAUUUUGAGGGAAAUGUUUGCUAUUUUACAUUUAGCUGUCUAGUCACUUUGUGAUAUGGUGGUAGUUUGGAACAUCUAUGAAUACAUAAAUGAUGUGUACUUUACUUAAAUGAGAAGAGGCUGUAAAAUAUGAAUGUAAAGAAGCUUAAUUUUUUAUUCUUAUAUCAAAAUUGUAUAAUUUUUGAA